CACCGCACAGCCUGCCUUCCGCCGACGUGCACUUCCCCCACUCUCCCUCCAGCCGGCUAGCCGCAGCGUUAGUCCGGUACAUAAAAUGAAGCGACCAUCAGCAUUCGGGGAAGCUGUGUGGCUGUUUGGAUUUUGCUGAUGUAUGAGGAGACGAUAUUGUUUUUGUGAGAUCUCUGUCCUAGGAGGUCAAAAUCGGUACAGGGGAUGGACGAGCAGAAAUCAAACUGCGAAGAAAAUGACUCUGAACCAACAGCUGAUGACAGUGCCCCUGCAAAGCAGCCUGUCUCCUCUGAGGAGCAGUCUGAAGACCUCCCUGGUGCUGAGGACGUGCCAGCCGUUACAGCAGCUUCUUCCAGCACGCCAGCAGAGAGCGUUCGAGCCUGUUCGCUUUGUAACUGUGUGGAGCGGAGCCUGCAUGGACAGCAGGAACUGAGACAUUUUGGGCCAUCCUCAGAGCGGCCGACCCUCAAGCCAUCCGGUUUUCCACUGCCUCAACCUGGGAAUGAUGACCUGUCUUCCAUUGGAUUUUCCAAUUCCCCCUGUCUGGCGGCACUCUUUGAAGAUUCAGGGUGUUGGGUUCAUCAAUGGUGUGCGGUGUGGUCGGAGGGAGUCAAGCGGUUAGAGAAUGAGGAGCUGGAGAAUGUGGAUAAGGCCGUUAUCUCAGGGACACAACAGCUUUGCGAAUACUGCAAAAGGCUGGGUGCAACGAUUCGAUGCCAUGCUGAGGGCUGCUCACGGUUCUACCACUUCCCCUGCUCAGCAGCCAGUGGAUCCUUCCAGUCCAUGAAGCAGUUGGUUCUCCUCUGUCCAGAACACAUUGACAAAGCUGAGGAGUUGGCAGGUGAAGAGUCUUGGUGUGCCGUGUGCGAUUCAGCGGGUGAGCUCACAGACUUGCUGUUCUGUACGGGUUGUGGUCUACAUUAUCAUGCAGCUUGUCUUGAGAUUGGUGCCACGCCCAUCCAGCGGGCAGGAUGGCAAUGCCCAGAGUGUAAAGUGUGCCAGACUUGCAGACAACCUGGAGAAGACUCCAAGAUGUUGGUAUGUGAUGCCUGUGAUAAGGGCUAUCACACCUUCUGUCUCCAACCAGCCAUGGAUUCUCUUCCCACUGACCCAUGGAAAUGCAGAAGAUGUCGUGUAUGCACGGAGUGUGGUGUCCGUGGACAGGUGCUGCCAGGUUUGGCACAGUGGUUUGAUAACUACACUGUGUGUGAGGGCUGCCAGCGGCACCGUAUCUCUAUCUGUGGAGUGUGCAGCAAGGCUGCCAACCCAUCUGUUGCUAUGCAGUGCUGCAGCAUGUGCCACAGAUGGGUACACAGUGAGUGUGCUGCACCGGGGGAGCUUCCAGAAGCCAAGUGCAUUUGCCUGCUUUGCAAGGUGGACCAUCAGCAGUCUAUCACUCAACCACACACAACAGAGAUCCAAACCAGAGAAGCAUCUGAGGAAACUGAAGGACACGUGGAUUCGGUGGAGAUGACCAUUCAAACUGAUGCAGACGUGGUGACAGAAGAGCAGAAAGGCUUAGUAGAGGUGACACCAGGACAUAUGGGCAAAUCAGAGAUGGGGCAGGGAGAAGCUACGACUGACACAGAGACGCCCAUGGACUUGGGGGAGGAGGCUGCAGUCUCCCAGACAACAGAUGUUGUGGAGAGAACCAUGGAGGAGGAGUUGGUACCAACAGAAGAAACAACCCCUGAGGUGCCCGCUGCUCCACUUGAAACUGCAGAAUGUGCAACAACAGAACAGGAGUCCUCUUGUCCACCUGCAGAUGAAGAGAGAGCAGGAGAGGCAGUAGGCCACGUGACCCAAGCCAACACUUCCCCGGUCCCGAAAGCAGAGACCCAGUCUAACGACUCCAAUGUAGAGCCAAUUCAGGUAUCACAACAAGGCCCUGAAAACAUGGAGGUGGAGAAGCAGGAGGCCACUCCCUUAGUUGAACAAAUAUCACAAGAGUUAAUAAAGGGUGGCUCUAUCACAGAAACAUGCAGCAAGGACCCACCAAAGUUACCUGCUUCUCCUGCAUGUGUGGUCAAAACGGAGCCUUUGCCGAUGGAUGACGAGCAGGAAAAAAGUCCAUGUCAGGACCCGCAGUUUCUUCCUCGGCUGUCUUCAUCAGGAGAUGCACAAGAGACCCUCUCUUCUUUGGACAUGGAGGGGAGGGUACUAACCAACUCUGAGGAGGAGGAGGAGGAUGAGGAAGAAGAGGAUGAUGAGCAAAUGCAACGAGAAGGACAUAUUGAUGAGAUAAAACAGGAAUUGCAGGAGCUAGAAGUUAAUCAGGACUUUUUGCUAGAUGAGACGUCUAAUUUGAGCCAUGGAGAUGACAGCAGCAGUGGCUUUCUGGGCUCUCCAGGAGAACCCGAUCCCCAACUCUCCCUGGAGCUUGGCCUUGUACACGGUGGCCGCUCGCGUUCAGAUAACUUGCUCACUGAGACGGAUGAUUCUCUUCCAUUUGAACCCCUCAGAAGUGACAGAGAGAAGGUGAACCGCAGAGGAUCCCCAGGCCGCUCAAGGGUCAAACAUGGGCGAAGUAAUAGUUUCCCUGGAAAGCGUAGACCUCGAGGUGGAGCUGGUGGAGGGAGAGGGCGUGGUGGGAGGUCACGCCUCAAAGCCAUGGCCUCCUGCAUUGAUGCCUUCUUGCUAAGCAUGACCACAGACACUGGAACAAAUAAGGAUGAAGACGAUGAGGAAGAUGACACAAUGCAGAACACAGUGGUUCUUUUCUCAAACACGGAUAAAUUUGUCCUGCUCCAGGACAUGUGCGUUGUGUGUGGCAGUUUUGGAAAGGGCAUGGAGGGGCAGUUGUUGGCUUGUGCUCAGUGUGCACAGUGUUACCAUCCUUACUGUGUUAACAGCAAAAUCACCAAGACGAUGCUCCGUAAAGGCUGGCGUUGUUUGGAAUGUAUUGUGUGCGAGAUGUGUGGAAAGGCUUCGGACCCCUCCCGCCUGCUGUUGUGUGAUGAUUGUGAUGUCAGCUAUCACACCUAUUGCUUGGACCCUCCUUUGCACACUGUACCCAAGGGUGGUUGGAAGUGCAAAUGGUGUGUGUGCUGUGUGCAGUGUGGUUCCAGCUCACCGGGUUUCCACUGUGAGUGGCAGAACAACUACACCCACUGUGGCCCCUGUGCCAGCCUGGUCUCCUGUCCAGUAUGCAGACAGAACUUCAUGGAGGAGGAGUUGCUGCUGCAGUGUCAGUACUGCGAUCGAUGGGUCCAUGCUGUCUGUGAGAGUCUGUACACGGAGGAUGAGGUGGAACAAGCUUCUGAUGAGGGCUUUGCAUGCACAUCCUGUACCCCAUAUGUUCCAAAACCUGUGGUAGUAGAGUCAGCCAUUAUGGCUUCAAUAAAGAUCAAAGAGCCAGAGCCUCAGUUCUACCGGUUGGAGGGAGUGUGGUUGACAGAAUCGGGUAUGUCCCUGCUUCGCAGCAUCUCCAUGUCUCCACUGCACAAGAGACGGCAGCGGCGCUCCCGUCUUGGCACUCUGUGUUGUGAAGGAGGUCCUGAUGGAAUGGAUCUGAGGGAGGUCGACGGAGAUGGGGAGGAUGGAAAAGGGUGUGGGGAGCCCAUGGACUGUGAUUCCAAGAUGGAGAACCCCGGGAGCCCUGACAGAGACGGUGGUGCAGGGGCAGACGGAGGCAAUGAAGGCAUGGGCGAUGGGGAUGGUCUCAAAGGGGGAGCAGAUGAAAUGGAGGAUAGUAAAAAAAGAAAGCGGAAGCCUUACAGGCCUGGAAUUGGAGGCUUCAUGGUGCGACAAAGAAAGUGUCACACACGGAUGAAGAAAGAAUUUUUUGCCCAGCUGGCUGGAGAGACUAUGUUAGAUGGACAGCCAAUAGAAAGAACCAUCGAGGAAGGACCUCACCCUGACACGGAUAACAUAAUGGAUCCAAAACCAGUGGAGGGCGAGGAACAGGCCAAGAAACGACGAGGCCGAAAGAAGAGCAAACUGGAGGACAUGUUUCCAUCUUAUCUCCAGGAGGCUUUCUUCGGGAAGACACUAAUAGACUUAGGUAAGAAGGCUCUGAUGACAUCCCCGGGGCACAGGUCAGGUGCAUGCCCUGUCCGACCUUCAUUACCAGCACCAACAGGGGUCAAAGCUACUGCACCAGAGACUGAUACCAAGGAUCGUGCUGUAGAGGUUAAUUUUCCUCUCAAGCAAGAGGGGGGUGAGGCCCACCAACCUCAGGGAGAAGGUUCUGGAGUUUCUGGCCUGUCCUCGUCACUGAAGGACCAGGCGUCAACUGAUCCUCAUGCCUUUGCUGCAGUAAAAAUUGAAGGUCUUGGGCAAGGUGUGGAGAGUCAGGACUCUGAGCAGUUCUUCAGGAAGGUUCUGGGAGUGUCAGAAGGCUCCUCUUUGGAGGGCAUGAACCCCAUCUUGGAGGGCAGUAAAGGAGAACUCAAUCGAAGCACUUUGCCACAGAGAGCUCUCCUCUCAGGGUCUCUGCCCUCAGCUGGAAUGAUGGAUGCCUUUCCUGGCCUCUCUCAGUCACCGUUCUUUGACAUGCGGGACCGAGGAGGGCUGUUCAGUCCAGAUGGAGGUGAGGAGAGCCCCUGGGCGACUCCCUCUACCCCAGCAACCCCCUCCUCCCCACCGACCCCCACUGAGGCAGAGGGUGAUGGGCUUUCCUACAACCAGCGCAGUCUCCAGCGCUGGGAGAAGGAUGAGGAGCUGGGUGAAGUCUCAACCAUUUCCCCUGUGCUUUAUGCCAAUACCAACUUUCCCACCCUCAGACAGGACUACCCAGACUGGGCGAGUCGCUGUAAGCAAAUCAUGAAGAUCUGGAGGAAGGUGUCAGCUGCUGACAAGGCUCCAUAUCUGCAAAAGGCCAAAGAUAAUCGAGCAGCACAGAGGAUCAACAAGGCACAGAAGCAGGCAGAGAGUCAGGUGUGCAGGCCAAUCAAGACGGAGCCAGGACAUGUAAAGGGAGAAAGGCCCAGUUUACACCUCCAGAUCCCGCCACCUUCAGGCUCUACAUCAUGCCCUUCUCAGCCCAGCUCUGCAGAGAGCCCAUUUCCUUUCCCUCCAGAUUCAGGAUCAUCCUCUGUAUUUUUCUCAGAUGGACAUGUUAAGACUCCGGGUUCAGCUGAAAUCCGGACAGAUCCCUUGUCCAAGCUUCCUCCUCAGUCACCCCAUUCUCACUCUCACCCAUCCACACCCUUCUCACAUGCUGGAGCCAGCUCCUUACAGGCCUCUUCCUCAGGUUAUUCUGCUUCCGGCCCACAGGGUCCUCCUCAGGGACGGCCAGCCAGUCUUGGCCCCUUUGACAUGCAACCAGGAACUCCUGGAACACCCCGACGGGCUCAGCAGGUUGACCCCUACUUCAGAUCACAGCUACAGCAACAACAGAGUAAUUUACCACAAUCCCACCAUGGCUCUCAGGAGUCCCUGGGACAUCCAGAAAGUCCUCAUUCGAGAAGUGCUGGCUUGGGGUCGCCCAUCUUCUCGCCGACACACAAUCCUCACUAUGGAGACCCUUUCAGAACCAGCAAGUGAUGGGGGCGACCAGAAUAUGGUUCAUCCCCAUCACCCUCUGCAAUGGCUUCAUCACCUGCAAGCACAGGACAGUACAGGGCUGAUAUGAGUGCACCUUCUCCACGCUCGUCUGCUGUUGGGAGACCUGACCUAUCGACUGGGUCCCCUGCUGGGAUGUUGGAGUCUGGGGAUGGUUUAUUCAAGGCACCUAUGACGCCACGAGUGCAAAAGGGGAGGGUGGCGCACUUCACCCCUGGAGCUUCCCCUAGUCACCUUUCUGAAGGCUACAGGAAGUCUCCCUCCCACCCUUUCUCUGACCCCCACUCUCAGUCACCGCUUACCCCCAAACAGCAAUUGGUAGACGGUUGUCCUCUUGGACUCCAAAGACCACCUGUAGCUCAGCAGGAACUAUGCUCAAGAGUGCCCUCCAGCCCACAGUCCCAGGGCAGCUCACAGUCUCCCAUACUCCUGGUGGGACUAUCCAAUGAUGCUUAUAAUGUCCAGUCUCCAGCAACCCCACGUUUCCAAUCCCCAGACCAUAGUUCUCAGCCACCUUCAAGGCCACAAUCUAGAGACCAUUUUGCAGCUAUCCACAAACCCCCUCGUCCUCCCUCCGUUGCCCCAGAGGGAACAUUAAGUUAUAAAGGAUCACCUCAUCCCAACCAGGCACCGACAAACAGUUCAAUAGGUGAUCCUCUCUCUGGUAAACCAUCAGCAGUUCCUAAUUUCAGCCGCAGCCCGGGGUCCUCCAAAUUGACUCAACAGCAGAGUCAGAUGGUGCAGGGUCAGCUCCAGCAACAACAGCCACAUACUCAGCAGACUAUGGGGGCAGACAGCUUCAGUUCCAGGGUACCCCCUCCUUCUGGACCUCAAGAACUACCAGUUGUCCGCCCUCCAGACACACCUCAUCAGCCAUCUUUGCAAGGCACUCAAGAAAUGCCUGAUAUGUCAGCAGUGCAAGACCCUACAUUGGUAGGACUUAGCCCUUCUGAGCUGGAGAAGCACAGACAGCGCCAGAGACUGAGGGAAUUCUUAAUCCGACAACAAAUGCAGAGAAAUUCACUCAGACAAGAGAAGGAGGCGGCUGCUGCUGCGGCUGCUGGUGGCAGUGUGUCCCCUGUUUGGUCUGCAGGAGAGAUGGGGGCCUUUCAACAAGACAACAAAGUCCACAGAGCACCACCACCCUUAUCCACAGGUACCCUGCCUGCUGCUAGCGCUGUUGGACCUCAGGUUUCUGUGGCAGGGAAGAUGCCCAUGGCUGUUGGAGGAAUGGAGGACAAGCUCAUUCGCCCACCACCUACAGGAACCCCUGCCAUCAUGGAUCCUAAUGCACUAAGGCCACAAGGGCCCACCAGACCUCAGGGCAUGUAUGCCCGUCCAGCGUUCCCUCAACAGUGGCAGGGCCAGGCCCCGGGUCCAAGGAGGUUCCCCCAGCCUGGCAUGGAGGCUAUUGGUAUAAGGCACAACCCUACCAUGAAUAUUCAGGGCAUGGAGAGCAUGGGUAACCCUCACACCAUGAUGCCAGGACAUGGAGGAGAGACGAUGCAGCAAAUGGAUCAAGGACCCCCUCCACAGUUCAUUGAACUGAGACAUAACUCGCAGAGGUUACCCUUACGACCCCAGUUUAUGCCUCGUGGACCCCAGCCCCGACCACUUCUUCCACAGCAAGAGAUGGCAGCACCUUAUGUUCAGCAACACUCCAUCGCUCAAGCUGGAGGCAUUCAAACAGGGGGGGGUGAGUCACAACUGGGGUUACAGCAGGGUGGACUGUCAGUUUUACUGCCUCAUCAGUCUGCAGGCCCAGUACCACAACAUCCCCACCUGCAUCCCCAGGCUACCUCCAAUCCCAAUAAUCAACUUCAACAGUCAGGUCUAGUUAGAGAACCCCAGGCUGCUGCCGCUGAAAACAGACUGGAAAUGCCAGAGCCUGAUCUUGAGGGUCUUGGGGAGGCUCCAGGAGAUGGAGGUGUGGAGGAUGAGGAUGAUUUGGCUCUAGACUUGGACCCUGACAAAGGGGAUGAUGAUUUGGGCAACCUGGACAACCUUGAAACCAAUGAUCCACACCUAGACGACUUGCUUAACAGUGAUGAGUUUGACUUGCUGGCUUACACUGACCCUGAACUGGACCAAGGAGACCCAAAGGAUGUCUUCUCAGAGCAACUGCGGCUGGUAGAGGCAGAAAGUGAACCCCCUCGGGAUCAGUGCUUGUUAAAGUGGAAGGGAAAGCACAAAGGGGAGCAGAAGUCUUCUGCUACCAAACUGCAACCCUCUGCAGAAAUAGUUGAUAUCUCCAAAGUCAAAAUUGAAGAUAACGGUCUGACCCCUCAGCUGCAGCAAGGACAGACAGUGGUGAAAGAUGAAAUGGGAGAGGCUGUGUCAAUGCUUCUUGGUGGGACCACAACAUCAGCCAAGCCUGGACAUGUAGGAAACCAGUCUGCUUCACUUAGCUCUGUUCGGUUAGGGGGACUUCAAUACCCUCUGCCAGACCAAGCUGACUCAUUGCCCUUUCCUCCAGCUGUUCCACAUGCAGAUAUUGGUGAUGAUCCACUGGGGCUACCUGAUGUAGGGGGGCAUCACUCCCCUGCUGUAGAUUUAGCAAAGGUAGAGAGCUCUUUAGAUGGUGAACUGCCUCUUCUAAUACAGGAUCUUCUAGAGCACGAAAAGAAGGAACUACAAAAGCAGCAACAGCAGCAACAGCUCAGUUCCCUCCAUCAGGGAGGCAUGGCAUCUCAUUUCCUACAACAAAACCCACAGGCACCUGGUCAGAUAAUGUUACCACACCAUCAUCGUCCAACACCUCAAGGAAUGAUGGCUCAGCCAGGGAUGAUACCCCGUGCGCCAAACAUGUUGCCGCAACAGCAGCAAAGGCUUAUGGGACCUGGAAUGGCACCUGCACCUCACAUGGCAGUGGCACAGCAACAAGCCAUGAUGAGGAUGGGGCAGCCAGGGAUCCAUUCAGGGCUCAAUCACCAACCUCAGCCACAGCCAGCGGCUAAACAGUUACCUCUGACCAACAAUUUCUUCCCUGAUAAAGAAUUAGACAAAUUUGCCAGUGAUGAACAUCAUGGACCCCCAUUGCCCAAGGCAAAAAUGGUGGCCCUUAAGGGAAUCAAGAGGGUUUUGGCACAAGAUCCAAUGGUUGGGCCCCCUGGCAUUAACAGUAUUGCUCAGAAUCCCCAGCUCCGCAAUCUUCCCCAAAACCAGCAGAUACAGCACAUUCAGGCUUUGAUUGCCCAGAGGCAGCUCCAGCAGGGACAGAUGUUGCGCAUGUCAGUGGCUCAAGGACCGCAAAGUCAGCUGAGGCCUCACAUGCCACCAGGACAGAUGCCACUGGUCGGACAACAGAUUCCUGGAAUGGAAGGCCAACAGAUGCCGUAUGGAGCCAUGGGGAAGCCAGGAGUAGUGGGCCCUCAACAACAGUUGGGCCAACAACCUGGUGUUGCACCUCAGAUGCAGCAUGGAAUGAUCCCUGGACAACAGCAGCCACAAGUGGGGGAAAUGAUGCAGCAACAUAUUAUGAGAGGCCAGGUGCCGGUGCCACGCUCCCCCAUGGACCAGGGCCGUAUGAUAAGGCCAACAUCUCCAGGACAUUCAUUAGCUAACUCUCCUAUUGAUCCACAACGGCACGCAUUUAAUCAAGCUAUGGGUAUGCGUCCACCCACUCCUAACCAAAACCAACAACAAGCACUAAUGGCAGCUGCAGCAGGCCGCAUGCAGGGCUCUCCAUCCCAUGCAUAUUCUCCAAGAGGACCCUUUGGCAUGAGCCCAGCCCACCCGGCCUCACCACAUUCAUCCCAUGUCUCCUCGCCUUCUGUACCCGACAGUAGGGCUGGAAGGGGGAGUCCAUACAACCACGUCAAGGCGUCCCCACUCAGGUCACCUGGAGCUAGAAGUCCACUUGAUUGUCCAGGGCUUAAAGUAGAAACUCAGAUAUCAGGCAAUGAACCACCUAAGACAUUCGCAGGCAUCCACAAUGGGCCACAAAAAGACAUGAAUAUUCACCAACGGUCGCAUCAGGUUACUGAGAGUCAUCUGCCUCACAUGCAACAUGGCUCCAGAGAAGGAGAGCUGUGCAAGAUGACCCUACAGAACAUUAAACAGGAACCAAGGGAGGUUCACUGUGAUGGUGCAGCAGAGACUCAUCCUGGGGCUAUUAAGCGAGAAGCAACAGGUGAGGCAGUAACCUCUGGGAACACUAGAUUUAUAAAUGCUGGAAACAUGGCUGGAGACCCUGCAACCCACAGCCACAGAUCUGAGACUGGACAGCAACUACUACAGAAACUCCUGAGAACCAAGAACCUUCAACUCGGUGCUCAGAGGCCUUCUGAAGGCAUCCACAACGAGAUCAACGGCCACAUCAACAGCAAACUAGCAAUGCUGGAGCAAAAACUUCAAGGAACUCCACGAAACAUGGAGGACUUGCAGUCUAUAACAAAAAGGUCUCCUGUACAAAAGCCAAAACGCACAAAUAAGCCAGCCGGAGAAAGAGGGACGAAUGCACGGAAGAAGAAUAAGAAGGAGGAAGUUGGUAAAAGUGCUGAAGCCCUAAUAAAACAACUCAAACAGGGUCUCUCUCUGCUUCCCCUGAUGGAGCCUUCAAUCACUGCCAGCCUGGAUCUAUUCGCCCCUUUUGGAAGCAGCCCGGCCAACGGCAAAGCCCCGCUCAAAGGAUCUUUUGGAAAUGCAGUGUUGGACAAUAUCCCAGACUACUACUCUCAGUUACUCACUAAGAGUAAUCUCAGCAACCCACCAACGCCCCCAUCCUCCCUGCCCCCUACACCGCCGCCCUCCGUCCAGCACAAGCUGUUGAAUGGAGUGACUCCUAGGGAGGAGCUGUCCGGUGGUCAGAAAAACACAGAGCCAGCAGAAGAGCCAAUGGAAUCGGUUACGCAGGAGGUUAAGAGUGUCGACAUCCUCGCUGCUCUCCCCACCCCACCACAUAACCAGAAUGAGGACAUCAGAAUGGAGAGCGAUGACGAGGAUGCCCCGGAAAGUAUCAUCCCAGCAUCAUCCCCCGAGAGUAAUGUGGGAGAUGAAACCCCACGUUUCCCUCACCUUCGGGAGCCUAAAGAGGAGGAGACGGAGAGAGCAAUAUCCCCCAUCAUCCCCCUCAUUCCUCGCACUGCCAUACCUGCCUUCCCAGAAAACAAACCAUUAGAAAUGGCUGACGGCAAAGAAGUUUCCACAUCCAGCCACUGGGACAAGGCCAAAAGCAACGAGGUGUCUGUCACCUUCACACUGUCCUCUGCUGCAGCCAAGAAACUGAACCACGUGAUGAUGGCCAUGGCCCAGUUGCUCAACAUCCGGAUGCCAGGUUCCUAUGAGUUAACUUCACAAAACCCUGACAUGCCUGAAGUGGAUGGGUCAGGGAAAGGACCCGGUCAGUCAGGAGCUUUGUGUACAAAGGACAGUUCAUCCAGUCAGGAUGAGUGGCUCAGGCAAUUUGACGUGUCUCUACCAGGCUGCACAUUGAAGAAACAAGUGGACAUUCUUGCACUUAUUAAACAGGAAUUCUUAGAAAAUGACGACAAACCACCCCAGCACUGUUACACAACCAAAGUGAAUGAUUUGGAUGUGCGCCACCUUCCUAUUAUACCAGUGGAGGAGUCUCCACCCCCUUCACCAUCUCCGCCACAACCUCCAUCUGUCUCAGCUCCAUCUACUGAAGCUGAACCUUCGAAAAAAUCUGCUUGUCCCUCCCCUGCUCCUUUCAGUCCCUCCAGUGUAAAGAUCAAGAUCGAGCCUGACCUGGAUGAUGUUCCUCCAAUCGAUGCUGCUCAACCAUCUGAUGACACAAAGUCUCAACUUGCUGCUCCAGAGUCAAUUAAUGAUGAAGCAGCUGCCUCUGAAGUUUCUGAUCCCACUGCUCUUACUGAAGAGAAGCAAGAUCUGAGUCUUACUACCAAGGAGGAGGAGGAGGACGCGACUGCCGAUCCAGUUCAUCCUCCUAAAGAUUCUCCCAAUGCCAUGGAGUUUUCCCCUAAGGCUCUUAAGCAGCGCAGGCCUCUGUCCCCUGAUGAGGAGGUGGUACAUCCCAAAUUAAAAAAAUGGAAGGGGAUUCGCUGGAAGCGUCUUCAGAUUGUCAUCACAAUACGUAAGGGCGGGUCUAAGAAAGAGAGCAGCCGUGAGGUGUCUGAGCUGAUGGAGCGCCUGCGCAUCACUCUCCGACCGGACAAGCUGCCUCGGGAUAAACGUAAAUGCUGUUUCUGCCACGACGAAGGAGAUGGAUACACGGAUGGACCGGCCCGUUUGCUUAACAUCGAUGUGGACCUGUGGGUGCACCUUAACUGCGCCCUGUGGUCCACAGAGGUGUAUGAAACACAGGGUGGCGCCCUCAUCAAUGUGGAGGUGGCCUUGCGUCGUGGAUUAGGGACUCUCUGCGCGUACUGCCAGAAAACGGGUGCCACCAACAGCUGCAACCGACUGCGCUGCCCGAACGUCUACCACUUCGCCUGCGCCACCAGGGCUCGCUGCAUGUUCUUCAAGGACAAGACCAUGUUGUGCACCCAGCACAAGCUGAAGGGCCCCAGUGAGGAUGAACUAAGCACAUUCGCCGUCUUGCGGCGGGUCUACAUCGAGCGUGAUGAGGUGAAGCAGAUCGCAAGCAUCUUACAGCGAGGCGACCGUAUCCACCUGUUCCGUGUCGGCGGCCUCAUCUUUCAUGCUGUUGGCCAGCUGCUCCCCUCCCAAAUGACCAACUUCCACUCGCCCACUGCGAUCUUCCCGGUCGGCUAUGAGGCAACACGCAUCUACUGGAGCACACGUGUGCCCAACAAGCGCUGUCGAUACCGCUGCCGCAUCAGCGAGGACGAGGGUCAGCCUCUGUUCGAGGUGAGGGUUCUGGAGCACGGCAUGGAGGAUUUGCAGUACCGGGAUUCUACUCCAGAAGGGAUCUGGGACCUAGUUGUUCAGCAGGUGGCUAAACUCCGAGAUGAAUCUUCCAUGUUGAAGCUGUUCACCGAACAUGUCAAAGGAGAGGAGAUGUAUGGCCUCACCGUUCACGCUGUCAUGCGAAUCACUGAGUCGUUGCCUGGAGUGGAGAACUGCCAGAACUAUCAGUUCCGAUAUGGUCGUCAUCCUCUGAUGGAGCUUCCCCUGAUGAUCAAUCCCAGCGGCUCUGCUCGCUCUGAGGCCAAAGUCCCCACGCACUGCAAGAGGCCUCACACUCUGAACAGCACCAGCGUGUCAAAGGCCUACCAGAGCACGUUCACUGGGGAGCUCAACACACCAUACAGCAAGCAGUUCGUCCACUCCAAGUCCUCCCAGUACCGACGCCUGAAGACCGAGUGGAAGAACAACGUGUAUCUGGCUCGAUCCCGCAUCCAGGGCCUGGGCCUGUACGCUGCCAAGGAUCUGGACCGGCACACCAUGGUCAUCGAGUACAUCGGCACUGUCAUACGCAACGAGGUGGCAAAUAGCCGUGAGAAGAUCUAUGAGUCACAGAACCGUGGGAUCUACAUGUUCCGCAUCAACAACGAUCAGGUGAUUGAUGCCACUCUGACCGGCGGCCCGGCUCGCUACGCCAACCAUUCCUGUGCCCCCAACUGUGUUGCGGAAGUUGUAACCUUUGACAAAGAGGACAAGAUUAUUAUCAUCUCCAGCCGCCGGAUCCCCAAGGGAGAGGAGCUGACGUACGACUACCAGUUUGACUUUGAGGACGACCAGAACAAGAUCCCUUGCCAUUGUGGAGCCUGGAAUUGCCGCAAGUGGAUGAACUAACAGGAAGGACGGGAAAAAGUGGAGCGCUCCCGUCUCGCUGGCGCCAGAACACUCCUGCGCCAAAGCCUUUGAAUCCUACAUAGCCAGUGCAUAAGCUGUUGUGAAAGACGUGGACGGAGGGAGGAGGUCUGGCCUCCGUCAUUUGACAGAUUUAAAAUGGUGACACCUGUAGCCAAAGGUUUGAAGAGCAUUAAUCAAUAAAAGCAAGCGGGCACCUUCGUCGGCAGCAGCUCGACCGUGGGACUGACUUUCAUGUUUGGACUAGUGUGAAACCCCCUCUCCUCAGCCAAAUCCCCCUCUCCCUUCUUCGACUGUUCUCUCAAGAAGCUCCCAGUGGCUGGAAAACAAUCCUCAACGUCUACCAAAUGAUUCUGACCCUCUGAUAUCAAUACUCGCAGUGCAGAGCUCGGCCGGAGCUCCGACAAAAAGCCAUUUUUAAAGUACUAAGAAUGAACUAAUGAUGCAUUUUUUAUGUUUUAAGUCGGACCUAUUCCCUGUCCCACCUAACCACGACCCCCCCUUCCCUUCGAUACCUCCCAGAAAAGGCACUUUCCCAUCAAGUCAUCAAUGAAGACAACACAGAUAUUGGCUAGCUAGACAAUCCUCAUGUGGCUCUGUGUAAAGAACUACAUAUGAUCGAUGGAGAAGGAGAAGAAAGUUUAAAAAAAAAAAAAAAAGAAGAUGUAAGUUAAUAUAAAAUUUGAGAUGCUAUAGCUCUGUGGCUCCCGAGGCACCAGAUGUCGUGGCUGUGCAGAGCCCCACGGUGGGUUAGUUGGACCCAGUCUACCUCAUUGAUUUUAGCGGGAAGUGACUGCUUUGUAUGAAAACUGUUAACUGCUACUGUGGAACCGGGGGGGAAAGGGGGGAAUGUUUUUAUGGGCUUAGCCUUCUCGGACAAGCAGGGAAUCUUAAGCAGCAGGUUUGCUCUCAAUCUACUCUAUGCUGAUGGUAAUUUACACACACAAAAGAAAAUGAGCCAACCUAAUUAUUAUUCAUGAAUUAUUUAUACAGAGGAACUAUAUGACAGUUUUGAUAAGACAUUGCAUUAAAAUCACAAUCAUGAUAAAUGCCACCAAAUCAUCCUGGACAUUGAUGUAGCUCUAUUCCUCUUUUUCUGUCUUUUUUUUUUUUUUUUUUGUACUCUUAUUUAAUGCGUCUGAAAACCAUGCGAUCAGCUGUGUGAAAGCACAAUGACAUCCACCUUCUUCAGCCGCUCCAGACAGCGACGCCUCCAGGAUCCAAACAUUAAACCACAUUUGCCCGUCGCUCCGUACGCUGAAGGUGCGCUUGUUGGACACCAGCCGGUGGAUGCAUGACUACUGUCCCAUGUAAUGCUUUUUUAUUCCUUGAAUCAUGCCUCUUCCUCUCUUCGAUUCUUUAGUGGACUGUUGUUAAACUUUACUGUAGUAAGUCUUCCUCUGCCUGAGUACAGCCUGCAGUGUUUCUACUUCCCCUGUAGUGUGCUUUUUUUUUUUUUCUUCUUCGAGUGCUGGUACUGUCCUCUCGAGGCUGAACCGAUGGCAGGGAAAGACUUGUUGGAAAAAAGGGCAUUUGUUUUCAUUUCUAUGUAAGAUGAAUGAAAAAGUCUUUAAAGGGAGCUUUACUGAAACUCCACCUUCCCGUACUACUUUGUUUCCUCCUUCCCCCGAACCUAAGACCUCACAUGAUUUUAAAAAUGCAAAAGUUGUACAAACUGUAUAUAUAGUAUAUGCAUUAGGGGACAGCAACUCUUUAUCCAGCCCCUUUGUAAUCAAUAAAGUCAAAAAGUGUAGAGAAAUAAAAUUGAAAAAAAACAAACAUCAACCACUGGAUAUCAUUUUAACAAAGAUAAAGCUGUAUAUAAAUAUAAAUAUAUGUAAAAUGGCAAACUAAUAUCUUUAUGUAUAUGAACCAGAGUGUUUUGCAUUUACCUGUUUUUUCUAUUAGUGUUUUUUGCUAUAAGCUCUCAGAGACAAGUUUGUUAAAAAUAGGUGUGAGGCCGUGUCUGGUCUUCUCCAAUCAGUGAUGACGAGAAGCCCAGGUCAUCAGCGAGCCGCUCGGGUUCCCGCGGAGAGUCGCUAGUCGAGACAUGAAAAUCACUUCUUGCAUAAAAGCAGUACAAUGGUGCAUAGCAUUUGUAUUUAUGUAAUAUUGUCCGUGUUUAUUUUUCCAAUUUAUUUAUGCUACUGCUUGUUGAUUACCAAAACCUCUCCCUCAAUCGGUCACAAUUGGAUUCGUAUACCCUUGAAUGGAAAAUCUUGAAGUCCAGAGAAUAUUGUUGUGUUUUGCUUUUUUAUAUCUUCCCUAUAGAAGUGAAUGUGUUGGUAAACCUUGUGAAAUGUUUACUUGGCCUCAUGUAUGUUAUGAUGUAAUACUCAAAAGUUAAUCCCAUACUUAACCUGGUAAUGAAUUGCACUCUCAUAGUAUAACGGAGAACUUCUCUAAAGUGGUAGAUAUUGAUCGAGUAUCCGAAGCAGUGAUAUAUAUAUUUUUUGGUAUGUUUCUAUUUCAAGGGAAGACAAUGAUGAGACAUUAUGCCGCUCACUGGAUUUUAGAAUGAAUAAUUUUUAACAUCUCUGAAUCUUAAUUUAAGUUCUCUGCAUAUCUUAUAAUUUAAUAAAGUUUGCUCAAAUUGAAGGUUUUUUUUAACCUCACCUACUUUUUAAAAAGAAAAGACGUCGCAUCUGUACAGCAGAGAUACUUUUAGGGAAUAUGAAUAAAUAUAAUGAUCAUUUUUAUUGUAUGUGGCAUGUUUUGUAUGGAUAUUAUUUUGAAUUGUACAUAUUUUUUUCAGGACGCCAGAGGUUGCAUCUCUUUAUAUACAGCUUUCCCACGCCCUCUCCCCUCCAUCUUAUUUCUUUGUCUGCUUUUGUUUCUUGUAAAGGAAAAUAAAAUGCAUUUUAAAUAUG